CAGCUCUCGUGUUUGGACUCGUCAGGACAAUACGUUUCAAAAGUAUAAAUAGUGGAGCAGAGUUUGAAAGGAACAUGGUUAUCUACUGUUACUCAAUUUACUGAAUUGAAAUCAUAUGUCACGAUGAGUGGUAGACCAAAGCGAAAAGCAGUGACAGACACUGAAGUGAGAGCAAAGAAGUUGCGAGGGGAAACAGAUCUAACCGAUGGACUUCGUUGGGUCAACAUUGCAGAUAAUUAUAAUGGGAGGAGCGGUGGCGACGAAGAUAGUCCAGUUAUCGCAUUAAUAUCAGCAACUCUCGAAGGAAGUUCAAAAGUCGCCGGUUUCGACAUAGAUUUUACAGUAAUAAAAACAGCAAGUGGUCGCACUUUUGCAACAGGUAAGCCUAAACACUUUGUUGACUUUAAACAUUAAGCAGCAAUCAUGAUACGCAAUAUGAUCUCUGUAUCACUAUCACUGUGUUAUAUAUUAUAUAUACUUAUAAAACAAUAUAUUAUAAUAUAUGUAUUAUACUUAUACUUCAUUAUAGUAUAAGUAUGACUGAUAGUGAUAGUAGUAGUAGUCUAGUAGUAGUGAUAUUUACACCGAAACACGCCCCCACAUUAAUGAGAUAUUAUAGUUAUAGGGGCCUACAUUAUAAAUUAUAUAAAUUAUGAAUUGAUCAUAAUAAAAUAAUGGCAUCUAUCUUAAAUUUAUAGAAUUAUAUUAAUACCAGCCUACAUAUUACAUUUCCUUGGAUUGAAUUAGUUUCUUUUCUGGUUAAAUAUAUUUUUAAAUUAAUACUACCUAUUGAAGAAAUAGUCUAUUAUGUCUAUAGUAUACUAGUUAUAGCUCACUUAGUCAAGUUAGUGAUAGCAAUUAGACAGCAUCAGCAAUGCAUGAACUUCCCAUCUGCUAAAGUUACUUGACAAAACAUGAACUCGAAGGGUAAAGCACAUUUAAGAAUCCCAAUUUUCGCUACAUUCCUUGCCCCCUUGAUACUCACUGCACACUUUUUAUUUCAUGCCCAUGAACUAUAUAAGUGUUUUAAUAUUCUGUGUCCCAACCACUUUUAAACCGAAUAUUUAUUACACUAUAUUUUAAUUGAGACGAUUCAAAUUUUCCGAAAAGAAAUUUUUUUACGUACCAAACCCAGUUGGGCUAUUUAAAAUAAAUAUCAUUUAGCUAAGUUAUCGGGAAUUAUAUUUUGCGCUCUAUUGAACUCGCUACUGAGCCAUGCUUUCUUUUAAACAGAGAAUUAUAUGUAACAGAGAAUUAUAUGUAAUAUAAUAUAUUUUAUUAAUUAUUUUACAAACCAAUGAUUCAUGUAGCAAACGUCUUUUUAUUAAAUAAAGAACUCCAUUACUAACUACACCAUCACUGCUGCUCUUGCCAAACAUAAAAACGCCCAUACCAAAAUUAAAGUCCUAAAAUACAAAGCAUAUAGCAAAAGCUACGAAAAUAAUCUCAGUACCAAAUAUGCUGAAUAGGAAGCAGCCAGCUUGUUAUGAAGCAGCACUAAAUGGAAGCAGUCUACCAGAAGCAUCAUACAUAUAAGAGAUACUAAACUAUAUGACUUGAUUAUCGUCAUUAAGCUUUGAGAAGUAUUUUUCUGCUAUAUAUAUAAUAUAUUAUACCUACCCUUUUUUCUAAAAAUUGUGAAAACAUAAUCUGAAAUUUACAGCAAAAACUCCAUAUACCAUUUUAAAUAUAUUUUAUACUAACGGACUUUGAUAUAUUAAUAUCUUCAUUCAAAAUUUAACAAAAACUUAUUAUCGCAAAAACAAAGAAUUCUUUUAUCUAAAGAAGAAUCUGUUAACCAUUUUUCACGUCUAUAACAGCUUGGGUGUCAUUUUUUAAGAAAUGUUUUAAAUCUGAGAAAAAUAUACACCCACUUUACUUUUCGCAAAGCCAAAACCAAAAUAUAUUUUCUUAUUAUGUAAGACAAUAUUGACCCAUCUAUAUUCACGCCCAAAAAACUAAAAAAGACGUACAGCUGCACAGAUGGCUCAGCACUGGAAUAUCUCAAGGAACUGAUUUAUAAACAUGUACCCGUGCAAACCCUGCGGUCUUCAACACAGUACUUACUGAGUGUUCCCAUGUAUGGAUAAACACAGAUAAAAGUCUUACGGAGUGCGCUCUUUUGAAGCGAUAGCGCCAAAAUUAUGGAACAGUUUGCCUCAAUCUUUGAGGGGAAUUGUAAAUGAUAAAAAUCAUUUAAGAAAAAAUUUUAAACUUUUUUGUUUAAAUAAAUUUUGGACGACCAGAGCGCAGUGAGCAUGCUAAAGGGGCAGGAUACCAGUGCGAUAUAAAUAUCAAAUCAAUCAAUCAAUCAACAUAGGUUAAAAAAAAUAAUAAUAUGAAUUUUUAACUGAUCAUAGAGGUUGUGUCAUAAAUAAUCAUUGAGAAGUGUCUGACUUGCUAAAACAUGUUGCCAGUUUUACUGGAGUCAUAUGAAUAUGAUUUCACAUUGGAAAUAAUGACAUUUCAUUGAAAGUAGGAUAAAUAUGUUUGCAAAACAAAAAAAGGGGGGGGGGGGGGUUGGAGAUUACUUUAAAAAAAAAGUGUUUGGUUUAUUCAUAUACUCAAUUUAUUUUGCAUUUAUUUUAUCAUAUUACUUAUAAAUUAUAAGAAUGAAGUGGAAUGUAAGGGUUUGUGAUGGGAGCAGGCAGGGUUUAGAGCAACUAUUGACUAUUGAAAGAAAUUGAAGUGAUAAAGUAAGUGUGAAGGCAGAUUCUGAAAAUAAAGGAUUGAGAUCAGGGUCUUUAAUAUUAAAAGCUGUGCAAGGAUAAAUGGUUGAAUUUUUGGAUCCCAGCCUCCAUUAUAUACAUAUAUAUAUAUAUAUAUAUAUAUAUAUAUAUACAUAAAUAUAUUUUGCGUGAAAAAUGACCAUUUCAACUACUCUGACCCCAAAUUUGGCACUCAGGGCUUAGCGCGCGUGCCCCCCCCCCCCUCCAUUGACAAUAGAACCCUCUCAAUCCCAAGAACCAAAACUAAGACCAUCGGAGAACGCUCCUUCUACUUCCAUGCGCCCACGUUUUGGAACCAGCUGCCCUUCCACAUCUGUCAUUGUGAAACCUCGUCCACUUUCAAAUCCUCAUCCUCAUGUCCCUUAGUCCUUGGACCGUUGGGGCGCCACAGAUGACAUGUGAAUCAUCCUCCUCCAUUCCUCUCUGUCUUCAGCACUACGCACUGCAUCGCCAGUGUUAUUCCUGUCCACUCUUUGAUGUUAUCCUCCCACCUUUUUCUUUGUCUUCCUCUUCUUCUCCCUUCUCUUGUGGUGCCCUGCAAUAUUUCUUUGGCAAGCCCUUGUUUCCUUGUUACGUGGCCGUACCAUUGUAAUUUGCGUUAAAACCCUUAAAACCCAUCUGUUUAGGUCCGCCUAUGAUCUGUGAUGCACCCUCCUUGCCCUGCCUCAUUUUCUGUCUCGGGUUGAUCCUGUAGUAUAGGCCAAAAUGUGCCAAAGUGUAUUCGUUUUUAUAGCCAUUUUAGUGUUUAAGCUACUGUUUCUAUAGUCAUUUUUCACAUUGUAGUUACUAUUCUAGUGUCUCUGGUUUUUCAUUUUUAUUUUACUUUAGCAGUUUAAAUAGUUUACAUAUUUUUAUUAAUGGUAAAGCGCCUAGAGCUGUAAGGUAAGCGCUAUACAAAAAUGCCUAAAUAAAUAAAUAAAUAUAUCCAUAAAUAUAUUUUGCAUGAAAUAUGAACAAUUCAGCUUUCAGCCAAUUUUGACACCCAUGGCUCACACAUACACACACACAAACAAAAACAACUCUCUCCCCCCCCCCCUCCCCCCACCCCCUUCCUUUUUUUUUCUUCUCUUCUUUCCAUUCAGCACGUCUAUGAUUGAGAUAUGCCUGGGAUCCAAAUUAAUUUUUUUGUUUUUCUUUCAUCCAGGCUCUAAUGACUGGGUGUUUUGGGAUGACAAAGUGCCUGGAAGACUGAGAGAGCUGCACAAAGAUGGUUACAGAGUUGUAUUCUUUACAAACCAGGCGGGAAUUGAGAAGAAAAAAGUCACUCCUGAGAGUUUCAAAAACAAAAUUGAGGAUAUAAUUAAAAAACUGGAAAUACCAGUGCUUGUGAGUUGUAAUUCUUUUAUGUGUGGCACCCAUUAAUUGACUUGCUGGACAUCUUAAAACAAAAUAAUUCAUUCACAUUAAGAAGAUUCUGGGUGUCAUAAUUAUUUUUUUUUAUUUAAAAGGACUCCACUUGUAUGAAUUACAGAGAAUAGCAGGAGAGAUACUUUAAUGGUUGUUCAUGGAUGAAGUUUUUUGACUACAUUGACUACAUAAUUUAAAAAGUACAACUUUUAAUUAAUUUUUCAUGUUAUUAAAAUUAAAAAAAACAGGUAUUUGCAAGCACAGGAACCAACAACUAUAGAAAGCCUUAUACUGCAAUGUGGGAUCAUUUUUUGGAUAACUACAAUGGUGGAGUGAAGGUAAUCUUAGAAAUCAUCUAAUGUUUGCCCUUUUUUAAACAAAUUAAAUUACUUAUAUUAAAAAGAAAUUCAAUUUCAAAUUUUCAGCCAUUUUUUUAAAAAAUAAACAACAACGAAAAAUUCUAUGGCACUAAUGUCAUUUUUCUUGCAUUUUUAUAAAAUUCCAUUGUAUAAAAAAAUAAUUUUAAUAAAAACAAGUUAAACUGUAUCUUACAUUUUUAAAAGCAAAGUUAUUUUUUCUUUUAUCUGUCUUACAGGUUGACAAAUCAGAAAGUAUAUAUGUUGGUGAUGCAGCUGGCAGGAAGAAAGGUUGGGCAAAAGAUAAGCCCAAAGAUUUUUCUUGCAGUGAUAGAAUGUUUGCUGCUAACAUUGGAGUCAGUAAGUGUUAUAAACAUUGGUUAUUUUUAUUUAAACAUGAUUUAUCAGAGACACUGUCACUGAUUAGUUUCCAUCUCCCAGUGUUCUCGGUGUCAAGGUCAUGAAAUCAUCACGUUAGUCUGUGUGUUUUGAAUCGGUGACGAACGGGGCUAGUGAGCGAGGGUGAAUGUUUUUCAUAUCACGGGCAAGUGCAAGUUUGGGUCACGAAUUUAUGAAAUGUUGGGGUUAUAAAAUGGGAGGCAAUCUUUUGAGCAGGGCAGUAUUAUGUUCACGGGGAUACAAGUAACUGGGAUCUGAGUUAGUGUGUGAGAUAGAGUGAACUAGGAUCUCUGAGUUAGUGUGUGAGAUAGGGCGAGCGACAGCGAGACGUGUUGUUUUCGCUGUGAUAUGUUUUGCUGGUUGAAAAUAUUGUCCUACACAUGAUUGAUGUCACAACUUAACUAUCAACCAAAUGGAUGUUGACAUAUGUACCAUUAAGCUUAUUGUUGAUUGAAUUAAACUAGUAUGUUGUGUUACAAGGAUUUCAUGCCAUCUUAACAGUUGCGAGAAUCAUACAACCCUAGACAAGCUCAAAUUAUUUAACAUCAACCAGAAUAUUUGACAUGAGGUCAAGUGUUGAUAUGCAACAGAAUACUUGUCAUGAGGUCAAGUAUUUGAUAGAAAAACGAGAAUAUUCUAACACCCCAGGAUAUUUGACACUCGGUAUAAGUGGGUACAGUUCUAAAUUCCUCCUUAAAUGAUGUUUGCAUUCUGAAUUGUCUGUUCAUCCAAAUGGUCAAUAAGUUAAGUACAGAGCUCUUUUGAUCAAAAGAGAAAACAAGAAAUAUUGGUUUGAUAUCCUGUAAAAGAGCUUAAUACCAUCUCAGACCUGUUUACUCUUACUAUUUUGGCGCUUAGUGUAUGAUUUUGGGAUUUUUUUUAUGAUUGAACGCCAUGACCUGUCAGAACUACAAUUUUAGGAGUUGAAAAUAUAUAUAUUUUGGUAGUUUUUUGGCUUUAAAAAAUAUUAAAAAGUACAUUUUCAGGAGUUAGUUUUAACUUGCACUCUACAUUACACAGUGAAUACAAUCUGUUGGAGACCAUCUAUAAUCAUAUUACAUUGCCCUGAGAUGGGAAUGGGAUAUGGGGUGUUGAUUUUGGAGAUUUUGUAUAUAGAUGUGCCGGGAGGGGGGUGUAUGAGUCUAAAAUAUUUAAAAUAUUUAAGUCUAUUCAAUUAACACUGUCACAUUAUCAUGAGGAUAGUGAUGAUCCUAUUGAUGCAUUGUUUUCAUAAAUGAUCUUACUAGACAGGGCAACAGUAAUAUUAGCAUAGUCGCCUUAGUGACAGUUAUAGUCAGUCCUGGCAUUCGUUUGCUUCGGUGCUGUAUUCUGCUAAACUGCAACAAGUGCAGAAAUGGAAAAAAAACUACAGAAUGCCUUCUCAAAUGUUUCAGGCUGCAACAUUAGAUUUUUGACAUAUUUUACAUUUUCUGAGAGCGCCUUUAAAAUCAAUUUUUAGUAAUCAUAAAACAGCCAUAUGAUUUUCAAUACCCCCUCUUCCUUUCAUCCAUUUACUGCUUGUGAUAGUUAUCACACUGUAAUAUGUUUGAGGUGAUAUUGUACGAUUUUAGGAGCUCAAAUGUAACCAGGUCUGCCAUCUAUCCACCACUAGUUAUUUCCAAUGUAAAGAGACAGCAGUGAUGUUUAUGAGCUGGCCUGUUAUUCUAUGGUCUCUGCAUAAUUUUAUAAAAAAAUAAUUGUUAAUCAUCUCAUGAAUCUUAAUGUAGCACAAAAUAUGACACUGUCUUCUUGACAGAGUUUUCAACACCAGAGGAGUUUUUCUUGAAUGAGCCUCCGGCCCCAUUUGAGUGGAGAUCCCUUGAUCCCCGUUCUUUUCUUCAAGCCAACACCCCUAUCCCUAAAGACAAGGACAAGACUACAUAUGCUAUCAAGGUAUCCUUUUCAGUCUUUCUUGGGUUGAUGUUUGUAUCCUUAAGUAGAGCUUUCAAAGAAACAAAAGGCACAGAACCUGCAUUAUUCUGGUAACAUUGUUCACUGUCAAAUGCAACUCAAAAUAAGCUUUUUGUUUAAUGGUUAGUGUGACACAGGCAAAUCGCAUAGAGAUAUCCAUUGGAUUGCUGGUCAUCUAGGGGGUAAGAGCAGACAUUGCUUUUGGGUAUUAACAGAUACAUGAAAUUUAGCAGUUUUUGGGGAGGUGUCACUAUGUUGUGAGCCUGAGCUGCAGUGUAUGAAAAAAAAACUUUCUUUGUGGUGAAUUCAAAUAACAUAUUUUCUCUUUUAAUGAAACAAAUAAUAUAUCAGAAUAAUUUUAAAAAGAAAUGCAUCUCAUGACUUAUGAAUUCACUCUUUGAUUGAUGACCUAUUUAUUAUGGUCUAUUUUCAUUACCUCAGAAACAGGAAGUUGUAAUUAUGGUUGGUGCACCAGCAUCAGGAAAGAGCACAUUUCGAAAGCGCUAUUUGGAACCACAUGGCUAUGUGGCUGUAAACAGAGACACAAUGGGAACUGUUGAAAAAUGUCUAAAAGUAAUUUGGUUUAAAAUGUAUUUAAAAAAUUGUAGUUCUUUUAAAAACUGAAUAUCAUUGUAAGUGUAAAAUUAAUUAAACAAAUAAUUGAUAAUUAUUUCCUCAUUUUUAUCAUAAAUUAUUUUAUGUUUGAAAUAGUACAUAGUUUAUUUGUUGAAAAGUGAUUUUUUUAAGCUUAAUUUUUCAUCACACAAAAGAUAAAUAUAUUCAUACUGUUCUAAAAUGUACCAUGCAUAUAAUUAAAGGUUGCGAAGGAAGCAUUGACUGCAGGGAAGAGUGUAGUUGCUGAUAACACAAAUUCUUCUGUUGACGCCAGAGCAAAGUUUAUAAAACUGGCUCAAGAAAAAGGUAGGUCUAUUAUUUUUAAAACAGCUUUUGAUAAUAAUAAUGCAAAAAGAAAAAUUGAAAACAAAAAUGAAUAUUUGAAGUGAAAUUGACAGGGUUUUCUAAGUUAGCUAUGAAAAUGCAAUGUUAAGUAAAAGUAUCAAAUUUUUCUACCGUAUCAUUUUUCAUAUUCUAAUUCCUGUUUUGUUGCUGGUAACUCACUUUACAAACAUUUUUAUUUUUUUAAGGUGUGCCCUGUCGAUGUUUUUGGCUACAAACUCCACUUGAGCUUGCACAUCACCUCAACCUGUUCAGGCAGAAUCAAACUAAUGGAGAAGUUCGUCGGAUUCCCGAUGUGGGGUACAACAUGUUCAAAAAGAAUUUUGAGGAACCUCAGGCGUCUGAGGGUUUCACUGGGGGAAUAGUGAAAAUAGAUUUUAAACCCAGAUUCGAUAGUAAGGCAGAUGAAGAACUUUUUAAACAAUGGACAGUGUAAACUAUGUCAUAAUGGCUAUAGUUUUUUAAAAUUUUUGGUGUUUAUUUGAGUUUAAACAACCUUUAGAUUAGGAUUUACUCUGGCACUCUGCCAGGAUAAGAACAAACUGUGAUCAGUUUAAUACAGGCAGCAAGAUAAUGUGUCUUUUUUUUAAAUAAUAGACAUGAUGGGUCUGUGUUGCUCUGCCAGAGUUUUGUAUGCCUAAAAAGGAAUCAUUUCACUCCUACAGUCAGUAAAAAGUUGAAAUGUUAAAGUGAAUUAAGGCCCAAACCAGGUAUCCAUUCAUGUGAAACCCCAUGUAACAGCCCCAUUUAUAUUCCUACUGAGUCUUAAGAAGUACUGCUUUUAAUGGAAAAGCUUUAGAGAUAACGUUAAAGUUUCUUUAAAGUAAAGUGAUUCCUAACCACCUAGGUCAUUUCAAUUGACGCCAUUAAGCUUUCACCAUUUCCCAAUUUCUCAUUUCAUUGGGCUGUUUAGGGUCUGUUAUACUAAUUUUCUGUCAUGCAUGGAAGCAUGUAAAAAAAUUUUUAAAAUGAAAAUCUGGGUAUUAACCUAUAUUAAAUUAUAGACAUAUGAUUAAAUUGAACUUAAGUCUUUCAAUAUAAGAAAGACAUGGGUGUUAUUUUGCUAUAAUACGCAUAUUUACAGAGCAAAAGAUGAAGCAUUUCAAAGUAUUUGCUGAUCUUUUUGUAACAUGCAGACUUAAAUAUGAGAAAAUUUAAUUCAGCUAAUUUAUGAAAAAUGAAUUCAUUACAAAAGAUGGAAAUUGAUACAUUUGUAUCAAAUUGUUUUGAAUGUUGAUUUGUUUUUAUAUAUGUUUCACUUUACAUUCCAUAAUUUUAUCUUUUGUGUGUGAUAUUUUUAUACAAAAUUUAAGAUUUACAAGCCAAACAUUUGAUAAAAUUUAUACAUUUCCUGUUUUUACAUAAUUUUUAAGAAUGUUCCAUCGAUGACAUAAAUAUGUUUUAAAAAGUUUAAUGAUAUAUUUGUUUAUAGCCAUUUUAAUAGUUCCAGACGGGUCGAAAUAGAGAUUAAAUUUUACGUUUUUCCUUA